UCCCCCUCAUCUUCCUCCAUCUGCGUCUCUUCAGUUGCGCCUCUGUCCGCAGCAAAACAGCGCGAAGGCUGCUCCCACCCUAAAAAAAAAAAAAAAAAAAAAAAAGCCACACAAUAAUCAUCGAAACAUCGAGCAGACGGCGCAACCUAAUGUCCGGAUGGUUUCCAGCACGACGGUGAGGCGAGGCUGGCCACCGAGCGGUUGAAGAAGAUGAUCUGUUGGCUGGAGGAGGCUGUGCUGCUGCUACUGCGUGGGGGAGUGGGUCCGUACAUCCUGUGGCGUUUCCUGUGUUUGUAAACUAGACGCUCUCGGAAAAUUGUCUGCCGACCGAAGCUCCAAGUUUGAAUGCUAGAUGAGUGAGGUGGGUGUGGCUUCCCACCAGCCUGACCAUCCUGACUGACGGCUCUCUGGAUGACCUUGUCCCCACCCCUGUCCCUGCGCUCACAUACACCGUUACCACAGCAAUGUCACAUCUGCCCAGCAGCUCAGUCCGCGACCAUAUGAAAUGGGCCGGCCUACUCGGCUGUGAAGCAGUGCUCUCCAGUAUGGCUCUGAUGCAAGCCAGCACCAUGGCAGCAGCUCCACCCAAAAAGAUGAUGGCUCCACUUGGACACGCACCACCGCAGAGAGACGGACCUGACCGUGGUCCCCAGAGUCACAUGAUCCUACCGUCUGGCAUGAGCUGUCCACCCCUGCUGAUCCGGAAGGAAGGUGAAUUCCAAGCUCCGCGCCUGCUGGAUGAGAAGGACAUGAGGACCAAUGAGGACCUGCAGCAGAAAAAAAAGAACAGGAAAUCAGUGGCGCCCUGUAAAGUGAGAGAACAAGAGGGAAGGGGAGGGAAGGGCGCAGGUGGAGAUGAGAAUGGUCCAUCUUCAAAAGUGCAGAAAAACUUUAUUUGUGACCACUGUUACGGCGCAUUUAGGAGUGGAUACCACCUGAAGAGACAUAUCCUGAUUCACACAGGGGAGAAGCCGUAUGCUUGUGCCGUAUGUGACAUGAGGUUUAUUCAGCGUUACCACCUGGAGAGACACAGCCUCAUUCACACGGGGGUGAAGCCGUACGCUUGCUCCAUGUGUGACAUGAGGUUCUUCCAACGUUACCAUCUGGCAAGACACAGCCUCACUCAUACUGGGGUGAAGCCAUACGCUUGCUCCAUUUGUGACAUGAGAUUUUUUCAACGAUACCACUUGGCAAGACACAGUCUCACUCACACGGGGGUGAAGCCAUAUGCUUGCUCCAUGUGUGACAUGAGAUUUUUCCAGAGAUACCACCUGGCGAGACACACUCUCACACAUACGGGGGUGAAGCCGUACGCUUGCUCCAUGUGUGACAUGAGGUUCUUCCAACGUUACCAUUUGGCAAGACACAGCCUCACUCAUACCGGAGUGAAGCCAUAUGCUUGUACCAUGUGUGACAUGAGGUUUAUUCAACGUUACCAACUUGAAAGACACAGUCUCACACACACAGGGGUGAAGCCGUACGCUUGCACCAUGUGUGACAAGAGGUUUUUUCAGCGCUACCACCUGGCGAGACACAGCCUCACUCAUAUGGGUGUGAAACCUUAUGCUUGCACCAUGUGUGACAUGAAGUUUUGUCAGCGUUACCACCUGGCGAGACACAGCCUCACUCAUACUGGUGUGAAACCUUAUGCUUGCACCAUAUGCGACAAGAGGUUUUUUCAGCGCUACCACCUGGCAAGACACAGCCUCACUCAUAUGGGUGUGAAACCUUUUGCUUGCACCAUGUGUGACAUGAGGUUUGUUCAGCGCUACCACCUGGCCAGACACAGCCUCACUCAUACUGGUGUGAAACCUUAUGCUUGUACCAUGUGUGACAAGAGGUUUUUUCAGCGUUAUCACCUGGCAAGACACAGCCUCACUCAUAUGGGUGUGAAACCUUUUGCUUGCACUAUGUGCGACAUGAGGUUUGUUCAACGCUACCACCUGGCGAGACACAGCCUCACUCAUACGGGUGGCCGAGGCGCAGACAAGAGAAUGAGCAGCACAAUGAGGAUUAAAGGAGGAAAAAAAGGGGUGAAGCCGUAUGCUUGUUCCAUGUGUGACAUGAGGUUUAUUCAGCGUAACCACCUGGAGAGACACAGCCUCACUCACACGGGGGAGAAGCCUUUUGCGUGUGACAUGUGCGAUAUGAGGUUUAUCCAGCGCUACCAUCUGGAGAGACACAAGCGUGUGCACAGCGGCGAGAAGCCUUACCAAUGUGAGCGCUGCCAGCAGAAUUUUUCAAGGACAGACCGUCUGCUGCGGCACCGUCGGCUGUGCCAGGGCCGCGGCGUAGCAAAAGUGGAGAACCAACCAUGUUGUGAACCGCGCCAAUAUGCCCAGGAAGGUCCACCUGCUCCCCCGACCUGGAGCCCCAUGCACCCCCCUCCGGGUCGGCUGGCCGUCUGACAUUCCACGUUCGCCCCGUCUACGUGGCCACCUGACACAGAACCGGUGGACGGGCGUGGCGCUCGCUCUGUGAUGAGUGGCUCUAGCACAGACUGACGAUGCAGGUCCAGUCUUGGAUUACUAAUAACUGCGGGACAUUUGUUUGUUUCGUUUUAACUGUUUCUUUUCUCGCCUCCAUAUUUUUUUAACGACAAGACUUUUCUGUGAUGAAGAGUGUUCCUGUUUUGUACUUACUCUGUUCGCGGGUGAAAAAAAAAAAAAAGUUUUUAUUGAUCCAAUGCAUCUACAUUUGUUGGUACUCUGUAAUGACGGCAUUUUUUUUUUAAAUUGACAAACAGGGAUAUCAUUGUGAGGAAAAGGAUUUCAUUGUCUCUUAAGCUUUGUCACUUAGGUCCAAAUAUGGCUCACGUCAACCAGAUCUGGCUGGCUGUGGCAGCUGUUUCAAUUGCUGUCACCAUGGCAACGGUGGCUUGACCAGGACUAUUGUGAAGCCAUCUGGUUGACCAGCAUUCUUUGCCUCUAACAACAGUAGAGGUACACUGUCUGUAAAUAUUGCUACUACAUUCACAGUUGGACUUAAGUUGAUUUUUCUCAUUUUUGUUUUUGUUUCAUUUUGGCCAAGAAUUACCUACAGUCUUGCGAGCCAAUGGGUGUUAAUGUUAACCAGGACUUCCACGGAGUAGGUGAUCGGUGGGGGAUCCAGUUAUGGCCACGUUUUGAUUACCCGCUGUUUUGUUGCUUGUACACCUCUCACGUUGAGAUUUGUCUCUGAGAAUCCUCUUUUUGUUUUUCUCUCUCUCUCUCAAUUUUAUUUAGCCUUUUCCUCAAUGCUUUAUUAUUGUGUUUCAGAUGUAUUUACAAAAACAAGGCCGCUUUUAUGUCACGGCGGACAUUUUGUCCACUAAGCUGUUGUGGUUACAGAAUGUUGGUGACCCGAGUGGCACAGAAAAUCUCUUAGGUCAUUGUCACUGAUGGGGAGUCACAUGAUGUCUAAUACUGAAGGAAGCCCGGUCUGGUGAAACCAACACUCUGCUGCACACUAACCAUUGCCUUUUUAUGCAGAUAUUAUGUGCUUGGCGUGUUUUAACAGGUGUAUGUCAUAUCAUUGGGUGUAGCCUUAACAAAGUGCAGAUAAACGAAUAAUCAUUGUAAUGCUGAACAUUAUUGUAACGAGCAUUUUUGUUGCACGGGCGAAGGCAGAGAGGCUCCAUCACAGCCGCUAUACUCCCUGCUGAUUUAUUUCUCAAACUUGACCCUCCUUGAGUUGUGCGCUCAUUCUCACUGUUCAAAUGAGAAAGAGCUUCGUGUACAUAACGCGGUCACUUGGACUGAAUGUAAGACAGGUGCAAUCCCAGAGCGUAUUGGUUCCUUUGCGAUUGCCAGAGAGACACAUUUGAGCUUUAUGUUCAAUACAAAAUGUUGAUUUCUCUUUGCGGUGUUUACAGCCGAUGGACUGACGGAGGGCCAGAUUUGAGGAAGGCAUCGACACUCUUCCAGCUGUGCACAAAGCAUGCCGCUGGUGCAUAGCGACACUUGUUAAAAGGGCAAUACAAUACUCAUCAGUUUAGUUUCUACUAGGACCACGCAAAAGAACCCUGAUGUCUCAAUCGCUUGUUUUUAACUGAGGUUUUAACUUUCCACUUGGAUCAAAUGUGGGUCUGUGUUUUAUUUCAAGUAAAUUUUUAUUCUAAAAUUGUAAACACUGGAGUGGCGGGAAAAUAGGCAAAGUGAGAGAUGGGAUAUUUGUGUUUCCUUCAAAGUGUACUCUGUUUUAGACAAAGCCUCUUUCUCCUCAGAGAAAAUGAACAGAAUGAACCAUUUGGAUCAGUACAGUUGACAGUGCUCUACGGUUGCUCUUUUUAAGAUGGUCAACAAAGAAAAAGAUUCCUUCUAAUGCAAAGUCCCUGGUAUUUGUAGUAAAUUAUAUUGAUCAUCAUGGUAUUAGGAGAGCAACGGCAUAAUGGUAGCUAUCACAGAUUAGUUGUUUUCUUUAUUAGUCUUGCAUGCAGAGUUAUGGUUCUCAGUUGAAAUAAUAGAAUAUUGAUAUUGAUUAUUUUGUGUAGAAAAAUGAGUGCAUAUGAGUAACUUCCUAAAACUGUUACAAUAAUUAUUGUAAAAUGGGCUAACUAAUAUGUACCCUUGUGAUCCAAUUAGUUUCAACUGUAUGGAAAUCGGAGGAGAGGCUUCUUACUAUUAUGCUGAAAUAAAAACAUUUGUUAAGGA